GCGCUGUCAGUCAAAAAGUGGAUGGGGUUGCUAUAGCUGUGAGUUCUGUGAGGCAGGAGGAGAGAUUUUGAUUUUUCACUGCUACAAAUAGAGAUUCCAGGCCACUUCUGUCCCCUUUCUACUCACCUCGCAGCAGUCAACAAGCCCUGCAGCCAGAGACGCACCAUGGCUCCCAGGAAAAACGCGAAAGUACACGUCAAGGCCAAAGAUGGUGCCAAAGCCCAGGUAGCCAAUAAGAAUGGGAAGAAGGCGGACUCUGGGUCGGGGGGCAGCAGCUUCUUCACCUGGUUCAUGGUCCUUGCCCUGCUGGGCGUCUGGACAUCCGUUGCUGUGGUCUACUUCGACCUGGUCGACUACCAGGGAGUCAUUGACAAGGCUAAGGACUUACAAAUUAACCUGUCUGAGGCCUUGCAAGGUAAACUGGUGGCAUACGAUACCGAUGGCGAUGGUGAUUUUGAUGUCGAGGACGCAAAAGUGCUGCUAGGACUGAAAGAGAAGGUCACCGUCGUCACCACCCAGAAAGAAGAGGCCGCCGCCCCGCUGGAGGCUCCUGCGCCAACACCAGAAGUUGUUGCUGAGCCUGAGCCCGAGGUUGUUGAGGAAGUGAUUGAAGCUGAUGUAGCAGAAGAGGCUGCUGCACCCCCACCAGAGCCUGAACCCGAGCCUGAGCCUGAGCCUGAGGCCGAGCCAGAACCAGAACCAGAGCCUGUGGAGACUCCUGAGGUGAUUGAGGAGGAGCCAGAAGUGUUGGAGGAAGAAGAGCCUGCUGCCGUGGAGGAGGAGGCGCCUGCUUCUGCUGAGGCCACGUUCGAGACUGCUGCCGUGGACGAGGAUGUACCAGUUGAGGAGGAGGCUGAGCACGAGCUAGCAGCAGACCAGCCUGAAGAGGACAGGGCUGUGGAGGAGCCAGCAGCAGAGGAAGAGGAGGCCGUGGAGGAGGCUGCUGCAGAGGAAGAGGAGGCCGUAGAGGAGGCUGCUGCAGAAGACGAGGCUGUGGAGGAGGCUGCUGAGGAGGUGGCAGCAGAGGUAGAGGAGGAGGUCGCUGCCGCGGAAGAGGACAUUGAGGAGAUUAUUGAAGAGGUGGCAGCAGAUGUAGAGGCUGUAGAGGAGGAGGGUGCUGAGGAGGAGCCCGCUGCCGAUGUUGAAACUGUAGAAGAGGAGGUGGCUCCCUCAGAAGCCGAGGAGGAGCCAGCUGCUGAUGUAGAAACUGUAGAAGAGGAGGUUGCUCCUUCAGAAGCCGAGGAGGAGCCAGCUGCCGAUGUAGAAACUGCAGAAGAGGAGGUUGCUCCUUCAGAAGAGGCCGUGGAGGAGCCAGCUGCCGAUGUAGAAACUGCAGAGGAGGAGGAUGCUCCUUCAGAGGAGACGUCAGAGGAUGCUGUGGAGGAGAGCGCUCCUUCAGAAGAGGCUGUGGAGGAGCCAGCAGAAGCAGGUAAGGUCAAAACAGAAGAAGUAGCUGAAGAGGUGGAGGAGGCACCAGAAGCAGAGUUUGCCGAGGCAGAGGAACAGAUUCAGGAUGAGCCCAUAGAAACGUAGAGCCUGCGGUCGUGACGGUGACAGAGCAAGGACCCCACUGAGGUUGCAUCAUCACCCUCUGAGCACGCUCAGAGCGAUGCAUCUCUCCACCUCCAGAGAAAUGAUUGGGUCGUCAAGACAACAUUUUUCUCUCCCUCCCCCGUCUUGUUUUCACACUCACUCACUCUGAAAAAUACCUUCCUUUUUUAAUUUCUAAGUGUAAAUCUGUCAGAUCACAGAUGAAUCGUUUGUCAAGAUUAUGGUACUUUUUCCUGCUCUUUAGCCGUUUUUUUUUUUUUUCUCCUCAUUUUUAGUUCAUUAGUCUUCUGUUUGCUUCUGAUUUUAUUUUUGUAGAGUUUAGUAAAAAUGGAGAAUCCAUUCCCGUUCUUGUUUAGGCUGGUGUAGAUCUGAGUGUGUGGCCAUGGAAGCUCUGCGUUGUGCUUCCAUGGCCACUAUACCAAAGUCUUGUAUCUGAAAGAGUCUGUAGUUUUUAGUCUAAACUUUCCACUUUCUGGAACUAAAUUUUGUCGCCAAGCAACAUUAGGCCAAAACACUGCUUUCUAAGCAGCAGACACUGGGGGGGUGGGGUAUUUGGCAAAAAGGCGAGAAAAAAACAAUCUUCCUGAUAGAAGAUAGAAAGCGCACACUGUGAGGUUAGUGUUUUGACUUUGUGGAUUCACAACUUUCACAUCGCAUUAAAUGGACCCAGGAUCACAACUGAACCGGGGCAUGCCGAGACCAGAAAAUGAGCUCUGAACACUACACAAUUUUUCCACUCGUGGCUUUCCAAAUCCAUCUAUGGUGAUGAAGCCAUCUCCGCAUGCUGAGGUGAUGGAAAAAGCGCUAUCAAUUUUAAGGAUAAAGUGAAGGCCGUGUAAAUAAUGAAUUAACCGCCUGUGGUGCUAAGAUGACUUGAUGAAACAUUUCCCCAUUUCAUUCAGUUGUGCUCCACGCCGGUCCCAGUGUUCUGGGAUUCUCCACAAAGCUUUUCUCAUGCAUGUCGACCGCCUCCCGCCACCCAGUUGGUCUGUUAUUUACCACUAAGUAUGUGUCGACUCCAAACUCCAGGAUGAGCCAAGUGCUAGCACGUGAAUGCCGAGAGAAAGCAGUAUGAGUGUGUGUGCAUGAACUCUGUAUGUACCCGAGACGAAUGUGUGUUUGUGCUUUGACAAAUCACUUCUGCAAACCAAUUCCUCCUCCAGUUCCUCCCGUAGCUGUCAUCAUGCUGAAGUUUGGAGAAUCGACCUGUUUUAUAUUUUAGCUUUUCUCUUUCUAUCUUUGAUCUAAACUACCAGUACCUCUGUGUGUGUGUGCAUGUAUGUGUGUGUUCUAUAGAUUUCCAGCUGUUUUGGCUGUUUUUGUUUUUUUAAUCCAUCAAGAUGACCAGGACCAGCUAACUUUAUCACCUAGAAGGUCAAACCCACACUCUCCUCCACACUCUUCUUUGACUUUGUAAAGCUGUAUGAUUUUCUAAACUUGUACUGUGAUGUGAACUAGGAAGCCAUGGACGGGGCGAUGCUGCGGCCCUGUUUGUAGUUUGAAGCCCCUUUUCAAGCACACCAGCGUUACUUUGAAGCGUGCAGGAAGCCUGGCUGGUUGGCCCGAGGAGUAAAAUGACGCUGGAUGUCUUUAACCCUGUGCGACCCAGAUCCCACUCUGUCUCAACAGUUGCGUCUCUGGCUCUCACAGGGUUAAACGGCUCAGGUGUUGCUCUCCCUGUUGUUCCAGUCAUAACUGGUCGGCCAGCACCAGUCAGGCCAAGACGUCGAGCAGUUCUUUGAAAAUAUCCCAGAUACACGUCAGAUUUUCUCCACUUGGACUGUUUUACUCUUGAUGUUUAUCGUUUUGUUUUUUGUAACAUUGAUGGCGAAGUUUCACUGCCUCGUUCUCUCCGCUCAAAAAGAGAAAGGGACAGGUGUGUAUUUGCGUUCCUUCCUCUGAAGGAAACUCGUUUCUUUCGUCAGUGUUGUCUUUUUUUCCCUCUUGUGUGGAGUCUUUAUUUUCUGUGUGUUUGCCAUUUUUGAAUCUUUAAUUCCAUGGUAGCGGGGGCUCCUGUAUGCCCAAAAACCAUCUUGGCACAGACAUCCUGACACAAAAAAAUGAUUGCGAUUUGACAGCUCUGAUGCGGUCGGUGUCCAUCAGCUUGCAUUGGAUGAAAGAGGAUCUUGGUGCUAAGAUGGUUUUGGGGAAGUGGGUGCGUUGCCCCGUGUGCUGUGGUCCUGUUGGAAAGCCUGACAGGUUAGAUGAUACUGUAGGAAAUAACUGCAGCACAACACGAUUGUGAGGGGGUCAGUUCACUUAGAAUUCAGUUGUUAAUCCCUUUAACCCUGAUAGCAGUUUACGAUCAAGAGUGAUUUCCCUGUUUCCCCUGUCUGGAUACAAGAAACUUUUUCCAAUUGGUUCCUCAAAUAGGAUCCCAGUUUCAGCUGAAAUGGACUAUUUUGUGUCCCUCCUGUUCAGCUUUGGGUUUAAUUCAUUCAGGGAUGCAAAAUGGUCCAAAAGUGAAGACAAACCACUGUAGAGAACUGACCCCGGUCUUCACACAACCAGUUGUUUUGUAGGAAUGCAACACAUUCCAGUGGUGUGCAGUAGCUGUCGUGUAGAUUAUCUGUCUGUUUUCUAUAACACUACUAGCCGGUCUUUUCUACUCCCUAACUCUUUGUAAGUCAAUGUGAAUUUUAAAACCUUUUUUGUUAAUAUUGCAGAUUACAACCUUUACAAAGAUAGAGAUUCUUCUAGAUUUUUAAAAAGAACAAUUAAAAACAAAAAAGGACUUGAGGGGGAAAAAACUUUUUCUUAGAUUUUUUUUUUUUUUUUUCAAAGCCAUAUGCUGUUUGAGACAGGCAGGUUUUGGGGCUGUGUUAAUUCAGGAUAAAACUUUAUUCUAUAAGAGGAACAUGAUUAGCAAUAAUAUAAAAGAGCAAAGCAACCACAAUACAACCUGGAGAAACAGGUUUUUACGUCUUUUUUUUUUUUUUUUUUUAAUUACUGAGGUUCAACUUUGAACAGAAGUCGUUUACAUGCUGUAAAACACCGUGAUACACAGGCAAGUGUCCAGGCAAAGUAGGUGCAGUUACUAAAUGAACUAAUAAAAUGGAACGGGAAGGGGAACUGAUUAAUAUGAAGCGGGAACACAAAGAAAAAAAGGAAUUAUUAAAAAAUGGAUUAUGGGAAUAGUGUGAAAAACUGCCCAUCUCCUUUGCCUCUGAUUGACUGUGUAUCAUGACCUGCAGUCUACAGAGCUAGUGCUAUCCUGUAGAUACUGACAACAGGUGAUUAAAUUAUUGUGAAGUGAAACUGAUGAUGAUGAUGAUGUGGAUUCUGUAGAGGAGAUUUGGACUGUCAGUUCUCUGUAAAUGAUCUGUUCUGGGAGCUGCAAUAAAGGUUUGGGAUGACACA